AUGCUCUCCACAAAUCGAUUUCUUCUAUUUUUCUCCUUCUUCAACACCUUUCAUUUCAUUCAAAGCCAAGCCGGGAAAUUGGCGAGAUUUUGCGAUUUGCAAUUCAACUCGAAACAAUCGAUGGGAUACGAACUAGGGACACAGUUGCAAGUGUGCUGUGGGGUGACCUCUUUUUCGAUAUGGAAUUUCAAAAACGCUCGGGAAUUCACGAUUGGAGACGAGAUUUUGCAUCAGAGAUUUCACUCGAAUGAUAGCGAAAUGUGGAGUGAACUAAACCUCUCCAAGUGCACCGAUCGAAACGAGGCGACAAUCGGUUUUGUGGAACCGCUUCCCGGGGUGAAUUGCUCCUAUAUGAAGGGACAAACAGUGAAUCUACAACAAAAAUCAGUCGAGAUGCCGUCUUGGUACACGAUCUGUUAUCACAAAAAUGAUUGCUCGAGUUGUCGAGUGGAUGUCCUUUGUGCGAAUGAUCUCUCGGCGGCUUGUUCAGAUAUUUCAUUGAUCGGAUCAGCGACAACGUCGACGAACUCCACGAUUAAGUAUUGGUAUACGGUUGGCAAAAAGUAUCCAUUUGUGGAUGAAUCCGUUGUCGCUGUCACCGUGAUUCGACAACGAACAAUGGAAGAAGUGAAGAGUGAAACAAAAGCAGUAAAAGUUGGCGUAAAAGAGCACAUUUUGUUCAAGGACCUCCUUUCAUCUGAAUGGUACAUUGUGCGAAGAAUGGAAUCAAUAAGAUUUGUGUCGAAGAAUCUUACAGAACGGCAAAUUCCUCUCCAUGUUCACAUU